AUGCCUUGGAUCAAUAGCAAACUUUUCUUCACUUCUCUUAUUAUUAUUGUGGCACUUAUUGGGGUUGGAGUAGGAGGAACGGUUCACAAAGUCGGCGACUCGAGCGGAUGGACCAUGAUGGGUGUGGAUUACCAAGCUUGGGCUUCUUCAAGAACUUUUCAAGUAGGAGACUCACUGGUCUUCGAAUACAACAACGAGUUGCACGACGUCACUGAAGUCACUACCCAUGAUUUCGAGCUAUGCUACUCGUCUAAUCCGUUUGCGAGGUACCAAACUGGAUCAGACACGGUAACUCUAACCAAACCUGGAUUUCAAGUUCUUGGUCACUGCGACAUAGGACAAAAGCUUGGCAUCCUCGUCUUCCCGGCCUCGUUGGGUCCAGUGGCUGCUCCAGUUCCGGGACCAGUCAGAUCACCAAGCUCUUCUAUGUCUCCUUCACCUUCUCCCUUGGCUACUUCACCAACCAAUGCUCCACAAUAUCAGAUGGGACCAUCACCUCUUUGA